AUGAUUCGACUCAUUUCAUUUGUCGUAUGGAUUGGAGCGAUUCUUGUAAAUGGGCAUCCGACUGGAAAUUUGACUCGCUUCUCGCGUGCAACUGAUGAGGAGUUCACGACUUCCCUGAAACAAAUGCAGAUGCUGGCUCGUAUCACUAAUGGGAUGUAUCUGCAACAAGGGAUGAUCAAAGGAACUGUUCCGCCUGCUGACCUUAUUUCGGAGCUCCUCAAUCUCGAAGCUGUAAAACUCUCUGAAAUUCAAAAUCUGGAUGUCGGAACAAUGGAAGGAGUCGCUAAGAAAAUCGAUGAACUUCCGGGGAAAUUGAAAACGAAUGAUGGUGUUGUGAACAUAGAGAACCGAUUGACAUUGCUGAGAUCCAUAAUUGAUUUGUCGAAUGGAGUGGCGAGCUUGGCAGCACCAGAUGCAACGUUUCAAGCGGAAGUGGACACACUUAAAGAUGUUAAAGGAAUCGAAUGGGACCAUUUUUAG